UAAUAAAUUUCUGAUCAGUGAUUAAAUUGAAAACUAUUUGAUAAACAUUUCAAUGCCAACCAAUAUAUCCAAUGAUUUGUCACAUAAUAUAUGAGAGAAUACUUUAUUGACUGCACUAACAAACAGACAAACAUUUGAUUGACUUAUAAGUCAAUGAAAAGUAAAUAUUAAUUAAAUCACUUGAAUUGAUCCCCAUUUAUAUCACCGAAAAUGUCGACUAUAGUGUCUUUGGUGUCAAGCAGUAAAUGCUUUGGUGGUAAACAAGAGGUGUAUAGCCAUGAAAGUGAAGAAGUGAAGUGCAAAAUGACUUUUUCGGUAUAUAUUCCUCCGAAAGCAUUGGACGGACAGAAAGUGCCGGUUCUUUACUGGUUGUCAGGCCUGACCUGUACGGAGCAAAACUUUAUUAUAAAGUCUGGUUUUCAGAGAUAUGCAGCAGAAGAGGGUCUUAUAGUUGUUGGUCCGGAUACGAGUCCGCGCGGACUCAAUAUUGAUGGUGAAGACACAGAUUAUGACUUAGGGACGGGCGCCGGGUUUUAUGUGGACGCAACUCAAGACAAGUGGAAAACCAAUUACCGAAUGUUCUCUUAUGUUACUAAAGAGUUGCCUAAAGUUAUUGAAGCAAACUUUCCUAUCAUAACUGGCUGUCAAUCUAUUUUCGGUCACAGUAUGGGAGGUCACGGGGCUUUAAUAUGUGCCCUCAAGAAUCCUGGUCUAUAUAAAAGUGUGACCUCUUUUUCACCGAUUGCCAAUCCUGUCAAAGGAAAGUGGGGUCAAAAAAAUUUAUCGGCUUAUUUGGGUAGUGACCAAACUUAUUGGCAACAAUGGGAUGCAACCUAUUUGGUACAGAAAUAUAAUGGACCACCACUUCAUCUUAUCAUUGAUCAGGGUUCAGCUGAUCCAUAUUUGCACGAAGAACUGAUGGUUAAGAACUUUGAAGACGCGUGUGUUUCUGCCAAAGUGCCAGUUAAGUACCAAUUGCGUGAUGGAUAUGACCACUCUUUCUUUUUUGUGGCCACUUUUAUCGGCGAACAUAUUAAACAUCAUUCAACCAUUUUGUAUCAAUCAAUUGCUUAAAUCAGUUAUAAAUCUUUGUAAAAUUAAUUUUUAAAUUUUAUAAAUUAAGAUAUAAAAUUGUGUCCACAAUUUGAUUAUUUUUUGAAUAAAAAAAUAAUAGUAUAAUAUUUGAAAAUAAAAAUACCG